GCACACGAACGUUGAGUAACACUUGGCUCGUCGGAGCCGCACGUUUAAGAAUAGAAGUCGUAUGCGCGUGGUUGCCUCGUCUAUAAUACGUGCUCGCUCUUUCUUCACCUUGCGUGCUUUACGUGUAGUCCGUUACCGAUCGAGCCAAAGAAGCAAGUGAAAAAAUACGGUCCGGUGCUCGGGAACCGUACCUAACAGUUCUUUUGUUUCUAACCACGUUACAAUGCUCAUGUACCUGAUAAUAUUUGGGGCAUUGGUCAGUACGACCAUAGCCCACGAACCAUUCAUCGUGCAAUUCCAAUGGAAUUAUCUAAACUACACUUGGCCUUCGGAGGAAGCGUAUCUUAAAGCUGACAAGGAUGAGUCUUAUGUGGAGAAAAAUAAUAUUAUCACAGGAAUUAAGCUGUGGAAGGACAAAAUGUAUUUAACAAUACCUCGAUACAGAAAUGGAGUUCCUGUCACCUUAGCUGUGACUUCUUCCACACCAAUUAAUGGGCAAACGGCCCCAAAACUGGAGCCCUACCCUAACUGGGACAUGCAACGCAUAGGUGAUUGCAGUGCCUUCCAGUUUGUUCAAAGCAUUGAGAUCGACCCAAAAGGCAGAAUGUGGGUACUGGACACCGGCAGAAGUACCACUAUGACCUUCAACAUGAACACGAGUUGUUCACCAAGACUUGUCAUCCUCGAUAUAAAAAAUAGAGGCUCGGUACUGCGUAGCUAUCCGUUCCCGAUAGAAGUUGCUCAUCCCGAAUCCGCCUUCUUAAAUGAUAUUGUGAUCGAUCAUGAGGAUGGUGGCAUAGCUUAUAUAGUUGAUUCUGACGAUAAAAAUCCAGGUAUUAUAGUCUUCUCACUGCAAAAUAAUACAUCCUGGAAAGUGAGUCACGAAUCCAUGAAGGCCAAGCCCGAUGCAAUCGGUUUCAUCAUCGAGCAGACUCGUGUAACUCAAUCUACACCUAUCAAUGGUAUUGCUCUAUCGCCGGCAAAUACUAGUGGAGAUCGAACCCUGUACUACACUCCAUUGUCCUCUUUUAAUAUAUUCGCAGUGCCGACGAAAGUUCUGAAAAGCGAAAGCUUGCGCGAUAACAUUGGACAGUAUAUACGCGUUUUAGGUAGAAAACCCUCACAAACCGAUGGUAUGAUGAUGUCCAACACUGGCAUUCUAUAUUUUGGUCUUCUCGCCGAUGAUGCAGUCUCUAUGUGGGACUCGAAAAAUCCAUCCUUUGUCACUGGACAGCGCAUAAUUUCCAGAGACCAUCACCUGAUGCAGUGGCCUACAUCGUUUGCUUUCGACGAAAGAGAUCAACUCUGGUGCAUCACCAAUAGACUGCACACUUUCCUUGACAACUCACUCAAUAUUGAAAAACCCAACUUCAGGGCUAUCAUGGCUAGAGUAAACAUGAAAAGCUAUCAAUAUUUUGAAAAUGGAAGCUCGCCUGAGUUACCAACCAUUACAGCUGGGGUCAACUCCUUUUCCUCUCACAAAGAACUCACCAUUGCUAGUCUUCUGACUCUCCUCAUGGUCUUUAUCAUGCACUAGGCUCAGUUUCUUAAAUGUUCCUUUAUGUUCAUAAACUCGUGAGGAUUGUGCUACAUUGUUUCGUUGAAUGCGAGUCAAAA